AUGCCUCAGAAACGAUGCGCCAUAUGGAGCAGUGCAUCUGAAGACAGUAGCAACUCUGACUCUUCUCUCUCUGGAAAUGAGUCCUCACAUUCAUCUCCGACUCCGAUCAUCAAAAGUAAGGCGCAAAAGGCUUCUGAUAAAGGCAAACAGCCUCAGAAAAAGUCAUUGAAAAAACCAAAUAGGAGUCGUGAUAGCGAAAGGGACCAAUGCCUACACGUUGCACGUUGGAUUCCACGUGCAAUCGACAUGUAUGUUGUCCUCAAGGACACUUUUAGAAUCGGUAUCCUCCUUGAGCAGGAAGAAUCUGCCAAGGACGGAACUUUGAUCGAGGAUGAUGCUGCCAAGAAGGAGCGCCAGGAGACCCUUGAACAUGUGAAAAAAGAUGUACAAGAGCGUUCCUUGAGGACCUACAAAAGGAUCCUCACAAGCGCGCCCUACCUCCGCACCCUCAUUAAGGGAAACACAAAGAAGCAUCGAAAGGAGCUGGGACAUAUAUUAUCGGAGAAGUCGCGUGCUAUGAUGGGCGUGAAUCAUCCCCAACUCGCCGCUAUGCUCUGUCCGAUCAAACACCUUGCAGCCUAUCGCGAGAAUCCCAAGAAGAUUCAGGGAGAGUUGCAAAGCGGCCAUAUCAAGAUGCAUGCAGCUGCAUGGCCCGCAUUUGCAUAUGAGGGCGACUCACCUGGAGAAGAUUUCAAUCCGCUCGAUAUGCAGAAUGGCAUUUUCAAAGGCUAUCUUAUGAAACGGGUCUUUCAGCACAUAUUCAAGGGCCCUUCCUCCGCUCUGGCCAAUGAUGGAGAGGUUGUUACAACUCGCUCUGGUUAA